AUGAAGAUGGCGCUUGAGCCUGCCUUCAGCAACAGUGCGUCUCGCACUGACGCCAGGUCUCAGUGCAUGAACUGGAGCGAACCCUGGUAUGUAAUAUACAGAAACUAUGAAGUAGACCCGUUGCAUGGUGACAGUACUUAUUGUGUCUCAGCAACUGCAAUAACGAGUGACCCUGACAACUCAGCCAUAUGGACAAAGGAACAGGCUAAACAUACACGGUUUCUCAAAGACACCCUUCUAUCUUCACCUGGGUACACGUCGAAAAACUUGGUUCACGUCCAGAGUGCAGAGCCCGGAAAACAACCCAGCGAAAAUCCCGAAUAUGACUUUUAUAUGGCUUCCGUCUUCAUCAACUGCAACAGUUGCAAGGUGUUUCGUCACCUCUAUAUUGAUGAAGGUACAACAAAGUUACAAUAGAGCGCUUCUGUAUAUAGGUAGCUGACGCUACUGAAGGCAAGCAUUGUCUUUGGAUAACUUUUUUUUCUUCAAGUUUCAAAUAUACGUCUAAAAAUUGAAAUGAUUUCGCUGAAGCUGCAGUAGUUCUGGGGUUGAUACCUAUCCUACUUAUGCGGAGUUUCUUCUCAGCCCCCCCUCGAUUAGCCUAUGGAGACGACCAGUAUUUCUCUAUUUCAGUGUCAAGAAUAGACGCGGCAAAAAAACUUUAUAUUUGCAUCAGUGAUACCAUAUCGUCUCAUUUUUACUGACAGCAGUUGACACAUCCCCAACUUAAUUCCCAGAACCCCCUUUGAAGCC